GCGAAGGGAGUUUUACACCGCGGCUCAUCCUACCGUGUCUUCCUCUUCAUCAUCAUCAUCAUCAUCAACAUCAUCCUUCGGGAAAAUUCAAGAAACCACGCGACGUUCACCACCUCUCCUGAUUUCUUCCCCUACUGCUCUUCUUCAGUUACUUCUUCUUCUUCUUCUUUCUCUCCCCUUCCUAUAUGUUCUAUCUUCUUUUCCUUCGCCCUGCUCUUCUCAACGUCAGUACACGCACUUACCUGCUGAACGUGAGAUCGCGAUCGUUCUGUUCUUGUGCCGCGACAAGUUGAUAUAGCGACGGGAACAGUGCCAUAUGAAAGUUUAUCGCCGCGUUAUCCCCACCACAUGAACCUUCAACAACUGUCAUUGGUUGAAUCUGAUUGUCAAGAGAGAAAGAGAGAGACAGAGAUAAUCUCUCCCACCUAUCGUCAUCUGCAAAAACUAAUUUUGAAAUGUUUUUUUGAAUAUGGGUUCCUUGAUCUACAUAUAUCCGGAAUGAAAACGUCAUGAAUGUUGCUGAGAAUUAAAGAGCUACUCACGGCCUAUAUUUCUGGCGACAUUUCAUAUUCUCGGAUCUCUGAAUACAUUUUCGGCCAAUAUCUUAUAUACGUAUAUACACAUAUACUCAAGCGAUUUUACCCCAACUGACGCUGAACGUUGCGCAAGCAGGUAUUCAGAAAUAGCCUGGGUCGCAGUUAUGAAUUGAUAGCAAACACAUGGUGGACAUGCGAUACUGAAUUGUAAGUCGUGUGUGGGUACCGCUGAUCCGGCUUCGCUUUACUAUGGGAUAAAUUAAGGACGCGCACCUCUGGUGCCACCUGACCUUGACAGGAUAUGGCUCUCCAUUGGGAUUAUAUGCUUCUUGUUCCAAGGAAAAAUUUUUUGGAUACUAAUAGUGAUGAAACAGAUUUUUAUCAAUUUAAAUUAAUUCAUUAUUUUUCAUGAAUCUAAAAUUUAAAAGAAACUUAUUUAUUUGACAGUGAAGUGCAAAAAGAAUAAUAUGAGAGAGAAACUGUGAAGUGGAAAGUUUAUUAAAGUGAAAAGAAACAGCAUUUGGAUUGAAAUUGUUUUUUGAAAAUCGGUACUUAAAAAAUUAAAACAAGUGAUGUGAAAAAACAACAAUUGACUGUGAAGUUGGUGACAGUUGACAUUGUUAAUGAAUAGUAAGUACUAUAGAGCAGCACAAAUGUACGUCGAUUACGGCGGUGAAACUCAUACCGGAAUGGGAAUUAAGUCUAUGAAGUCUUCUGGCAGACCACGAGAUAUCCCAACGCAAGUGCCUCCCCUCACACCUGGGACAAACAAAAAGAUGACAGAGGCCUUAAAGGCCUCAUUCGCUUCUUGGGAAAAGGAACAAAUUCGCCUCAACAUAACCAAAGACCCGAGGCAAUGGUCGGAAACAGCUGUUAUGCACUGGCUGGAUUGGGCCAUCAGGGAAUUUUCGUUAGCUGGAGUGGCAAUGCAGCCCUGGCAACACAUGACCGGAAAACAGAUUUGUGCCAUGGGGAAGGAAUCCUUUUUGGCACGUGCUCCUGCCUUUAUGGGGGACAUCCUGUGGGAGCACCUCGAGAUGCUUCAAAAAGACGUCGAUGUGGAAAAAGCGUCGUUGGAAAAUGUGCCCGCCAAUUUGUACGAAAGUGUCUGCGUCCCGGAUUUGGGCGAUUUUCUAGGAUAUCAGAACGCGGCGAAUGCAGUUGCAACACCGGAACACAAAAGUCCAGCGACUCCUGCAAGUUCAACAACUUCAAAUUCAUCUGGACCACAGCGUUCAUCUCAAACAAUUCAAUCUGCUGCGCCAAUCAUCCCCCUACCACCAAGGCAAUUUCACUCCGAAGGAGGUUACAAUCACCUGCGCAGUCCAGUGUGUCACGAUGACAAUCAAAGAGAAAAUUCACCACCACCAUCUCAUAAUCAUAGCAAUCAACCGCCAAACAAUUCUCAUUCAACCACUCCUAGCAGCAACUUGAACAACAAUAAUAACAAUAAUAAUCCAAACACUAAUAGCGCCUACAUUCAUUUACGAAAUUUAAAUCAGCUCAAAACGGAAUCAAACUACAACAAUCAUCAUAUAACGGAACAUUUACAAAGUGGUGGAGGAGGCGGAUUACCAAGUGGUGGUGAUCUUGGAACAAGUGGCAACGAAGUCGAUCUGCGGGUCAGCAAUUCGACAUCGGAGAGUUAUAUGACUCCGGCGCAUUAUUCUGGCUACGAUGAGCCAUCCGAGUAUCAUAAUUUACCGCAGGAUCAUCAGCCACCUCAUCCCUAUAAUCUCGAUGGAUCUCCCGAGUUCUAUAGUGCCAGUGGCAUUCAAUUGGAACCAAAGUAUCAGCCACCUCCCUUUAAAAAUUAUUCAAGAGGUCGUUAUCAUGAAGGGUACAGUGAAGGAGGAUACGGUCAAUACGACGCAGCGUCAUUCCAAACAGUCCCAGGAAGCGGAAGUGGGACUGGUGGUGGUGGCGGCGGUGGAGUUGGUGGCGAUCAAUGGGGAUCAAUGGGUCCCUUGGGAGAACAUUUAUCGCAUCAUCCUGCUUUCUUAGCUGGUCUAGGACCCAGAGAUUCAUCUAAUCCCCAUCAUCCUUCAGCGAUUGGCAAUAAUUCCGAUCAGAAACCCCUUCUUCAAAGCGCUAUGCUCGCUGGCUACACGGGAAGUGGUCCAUGUUUCACGGGUUCUGGUCCCAUUCAAUUGUGGCAAUUUUUAUUAGAACUUUUAACGGACAAAUCGUGUCAGGGUUUCAUAUCGUGGACCGGCGAUGGUUGGGAAUUUAAACUCACGGAUCCAGAUGAAGUUGCUCGUCGAUGGGGAAUUCGAAAAAAUAAACCCAAAAUGAAUUACGAGAAGCUUAGCCGCGGUUUACGAUAUUACUACGACAAAAAUAUUAUUCAUAAAACCGCUGGUAAACGAUAUGUUUAUCGUUUUGUUUGCGAUCUCCAGAGUCUCUUAGGAUACAGUCCCGAGGAAUUGCACGCAAUGGUGGACUUAAAACCGGAGAAAAAGGAAGAAGACUGAGAAUUCGUUGGGAAAUGUGCACUAAAGGAAAAAUGUGUCACUGACAAACGACUAUCCCAAUCUUCGAUAUAUAUUUAUAUAUAUAUAUUGAUUAAAGAACAAAAAAAAUAAAAAAUAGAAAAGAAAGUGAUGUGUAAGUGAGUUUUAAGAGAGAAAGAGAAAUGUAAUUUGAAAAAAAACACUUGGAGGACCAAUUGAGCGUCUUCAUUAAGAAAAAAAAUAAAAAUAAAAACAAUAUUGAAAAAUGAAUCGGUCAUAUGUACCAAAGACAGGGUCCGCAUACCAUUGGUGCCUAAAAAUUAUAAAUAAAAUGAAAGAAAAAAAAAAAAAAUGAAACGACUAAAUUGUGAAUUUGUUCUUAAGUGAUUAUUUGCCACACAAGAUUUUUAGAAGAUAUUUAUAGAAGUAACUCGACAAUUUAUACAUAUUAUAUAUAUUAUAUAUAAUAAACAUAUAUAUUUUUAAUGUUAACGUGAUUUCUAAGCACCGUGGCAUCAAAUCAUCGAACGAUGCAUCUAAAUUAUUUAUGUCGCAUCAUUUAACAUGUGUGUUAUAUCUCGUUGAUAGAUGACGCGAUAUGUGAUUGUUAUUUACUCUAAUUUUACUACAAUAAAUCAUUAUACCUUAA